UCAAUCUAGCCAAUCAGAGGCUGAAUCAAGAACCGCUCGGGUGCAUGAUAGGUACCGUCCCGGAAGUAGCCCAGCUCUGUAGGCUUCGGUCACCCUCCAUCUUGUGGAUACCGCAGCUACUGAAAUAAAACACGCAUAAAAGGGUGACAGGUUUCCGUUUGGCGGGACUCGUUAGUGAGUGAACGAAAACAUGAGCACGCUGAACGUGAAAAAGCUCAAAGUGAACGAGCUGAAAGAGGAGCUGCAGCGCCGUGGCCUGGACACUCGGGGUCUCAAGGCGGAUUUAGCGGACAGGCUACAGGCGGCGCUGGACGCUGAGGCCGCAGGAGAGGCAGCGGGAGCAGAAGAAGAAGCGCAGGACCUCGGUGAGGAGGAGGAGGAGGAAGAGGGAGAGGGAGAGACGCGCACUGGUGGAGAAUUUGCUGCCGAUGUGUCAGGUAACGGAGGAGAUGACGAGCCUCAGUAUGACAGUGGAAACAGCGACUGUCUGAGCGAGGAAAAGGAGGCGAGCGCCGAGGAAGAUGACAGUAACGUGAACAACGCUGCCCGUUACGAGUCGACCGACUUCACCUCCGAUGAUCUGAAACCACCAACGCAAGGCUUUGACCAGCAGGUACAACAAGAGUAUGACGAAGGUCAAGAAGCUGGCUGGAGCAAUGAAGGGUCGGCUAAGAGCGAGGUUUCAGAGGAUCCUGAGGUGAAGCAGGAGGACGAGAAGCUGGAUGCAAAACCAGAGCAGAUUGAGGAAGCUCAGGAGCAGCCAGAAGUCACACAGCCAGAAACAGAACAGACUGAGCAGCAGGAGCAAGUUGCCAGUGUAAAAGAAGAGCCUAAGAAGGAUGAGGACAUGCCACAGCAGGAAGAGGCAGCAAAUGACUGGAUGCCUGCAGAAGGUGACAGGGCGGCGCAGGUUAAAACGGAUGACGACCAACAGACAUCACAGAGCCGCAAAAGACCCUACGACGAUGGCCGCGGAUACGGAUACUAUGAGCAUCGUGAAGAAAGAAGAGGGCGGUCACCUCAACCCCCAGCCGAGGAAGAGGAAGAAGACUUUGAUGAAAACCUUGUGGCUAUAGACACCUAUAACUGUGACCUGCAUUUCAAGGUGUCUCGAGACCGGUACAGCGGCUACCCGCUUACCAUCGAGGGCUUUGCAUAUUUGUGGGCAGGUGCCCGAGCUACUUACGGUGUCUCCAAAGGACGUAUAUGCUACGAAAUGAAGAUCACUGAGGAGAUCGCUGUAAAGCACCUCCCAGCCAGCGAGCCUGAUCCCCAUGUUGUGAGAAUCGGCUGGUCUUUGGACUCGUGUAGCACCCAGCUUGGAGAGGAUCCCUUCUCCUAUGGCUUUGGUGGAACUGGCAAGAAGUCCUCAAACUGUAAAUUCGAGGACUAUGGAGAGAGGUUUGGUGAAAAUGAUGUCAUUGGCUGCUACCUUGACUUCGAGAGCGGAGAGCAAGUGGAGAUGGCUUUCUCGAAAAACGGCAAGUGGCUCGGCCCUUGCUACCAAAUCUCCCGUGAGGAGCUGGCUGGUCGUUCUCUCUUCCCACACAUCCUGGUGAAGAACUGCGCCAUAGAGUUCAACUUUGGACAGAAGGAGGAGCCAUAUUUCUCCCCUCCCGAGGGCUACACCUUUAUUCAGGAGUUGGCUUUGCCAGACAGAAGCAGAGGAACCGUCGGGCCGGCUACCAAAGCAGAGUGCGAGAUCCUAAUGAUGGUCGGACUGCCCGGCAGCGGAAAGACCACAUGGGCCAAUAAGCACUCCAAGGAGAACCCUGAAAAGAAGUUUAAUAUUCUGGGUACCAAUGCCAUAAUGGACAAGAUGAAGGUGAUGGGACUUCGUCGCCAGAGGAACUACGCAGGACGCUGGGACGUUCUCAUCUCGCAGGCCACGCAGUGCCUCAAUCGCCUCAUCCAGAUUGCCGCCCGCAAGAAACGCAACUACAUCCUGGACCAGACAAAUGUAUAUGGAUCAGCCCAGAGACGAAAAAUGCGUCCUUUUGAAGGGUUUCAACGCAAGGCUAUUGUAAUUUGUCCCACGGAUGAGGAUUUAAAAGAGCGAACAUUAAAGCGAACUGAUGAGGAAGGGAAGGAUGUACCCGAUCAUGCUGUGUUAGAAAUGAAAGCCAACUACGUGCUGCCAGAGGCCGGCGAGUUCCUGGACGAGGUGAUCUUCAUAGAGCAGCAGCGCGAGGAGGUCGACACACUCGUCAAACAGUACAACGAGGAGGGCCGGAAGGCCGGCCCGCCAGCUGAAAAGCGCUUCGAUAACCGACCCGGAGGCUUCCGCGGCCGUGGGUUCCAGCGCUAUGAGCACUCGGGCACGUCACAGGGUGCACGAGGCUCGUAUCAGAACCGGGGCAGCUCUGGAGGAGGUGGCUACCGUGGAGCCUACAACCGUGGAGGCUUCAGCCAGAAUCGCUGGGGAAAUAACUACAGAGAUUCAGGAGGCUGGGGAGGCUACAGCCGCAACCCACAACAAGGAAGCAGCUACAACCACAACCGCCAGAGCUCCUACAACAAAGGAGGGAGUGGAUCCAGUGGAAGCUACAGUCAGUCACAGCCUCAGAGCUACAAUCAAGGCUACAACCAAGGCAACUACAGCCAAGGAUACAACUAUGGAAACUACAGCCAGUACCCAAGUUACAACCAGGGUUAUAGCCAGACGCCUGCUGCCACGGGCCAGACAUACAACCACCAGCAACAGCAGCAGGCGCAACAGCAGCCGCAACAGCAGGCGCAACAGCAGCCGCAGAACUACAACCAGCAGUACCAGCAGUACGCUCAGCAGUGGCAGCAGUAUUACCAGAACCAGAGCCAAUGGAACCAGUACUACAACCAGUACGGAAAUUAUGGCAACUACCAGCAGGGCCAGGGCUCGCAGCAGUAGCCAUAUUUCCCUGUGGUGCUUCCAUAUCAUUCCAUCAGCUCUGUUUUACAGCCCGGUGUCUUUUUUUUUUUUUUGUUUUGUUUUGUUUUGUUUUGUUUUUAUUAGUCUCCUCACCAUCAGUCUUCCUUUUCUCUCAAGACGACUCCCCACGUGCUAAAAGUUUGCUUUUGCUCUCCAACUGCUUCAGUUUUACACAUUGAUGCAUCGAUAAGUAGCGACGUGUAAAGUAGUUUGCUUUCAGAUCUCGCACGCACAGAUUCACACUCGAACGCUUCGUAAUGGCCACCUAUAUACUUUUAAAUCAUUUCAAUUCUUAUGGCAGAAAUCUGCAUCGCUUAUUUUUAUGUCUUCUAAUAAUAUUUUUUCGAGAGGGGAACUAGAUUUCAGGUAGCCGUGUUUCAAAACCUUUAACUUUCAGAACGCAAUUAUACCUAAUACCGAUGAAUAAAUUCCAGUAAAUUUAAAGACCCUAAUUUUUCAGAAGUUAAAUAAAAACAAAAAAAUCAUAACCAGUGAUGUCAACCUGGAUAACAUUUUAUACCAUUCUUACAUGUCUUACUAGUUUCAUGUUUUUUCUCCUUGUAUCUACAAUUUAGUGAGCACUAUGUGGUUGUAAGUUUUUAUACCUUGUACCAUGUUUGUAAAACUGUAUUGGCAUGUUGGGGUUUGUUUUGUUUCGUUUUUUUGGUUGUUUGAUCAAAGCUCAUUUUUUUGUAUUUGAGAAUAUAAUAUGAAACAAAAAACA